AUGAAAAUAGGAGAAUCAAAUGAGAACUCAGAAAAAUUGCUAUCUAAAUUUUAAUAUAAUCAGGUUGCCUUUUAAUUACCAAAGGAUGUACAAGAAGAAGCCACGAUUAAGUAGAUACUAUCCUUUAGCAGUCCAAUCCAUAAAAAAUUGCUUUACUAUUCAUUUUGCAUUUUGACUUGUAUUAUAAUUAAUUAAAAAGCUUAGGUGGAAUUGGAUAUUUAUUUGCUAGAUGGAACUUAUCAUUAAAACUAUUUUUGUUAUAUAGUUAAUGUUUAGACAUUACAUAAGCAACUCAUGUAGUUAUUACAUCUUUGGAUAAUGAAAAGGAACUUCUAAAAGUAGGGUUAAAGAAAAUAUGGAUAAAUAAGAGUGAAAAGUAACGUAAAGUAAUUUUAUAAAACAUGUUCAUUUAGUAUUUUUAAUAUCGAUUGUAUACAUAUUUCUAUGAGGAUGACUGUUUUAAAGCAAUAGAAACGCCAUUUCAGUCACUAACUCAUGAAGAAAUUAUAUAAAAUUAUUGUCAAGGAGUAGAAUAACCUGAUGAAAUUGCUUCGUUAUUCGGAUAUAAUAAUACAACAAUCCCUGAUAAAGGUACAGGAAAAAUCUUGAUAGAUGAAAUUUUAACGCCAUUUUAUUUGUUUUAAAUUUUUAGUGUGUGUUUAUGGACAAUUGAGAAAUAUUAUUAAUAUGCAAUAGUUAUAUUUUUGACUUCAGUUAUCUCAAUAUUAGUGUAAUUUAGAGAAACAAGAUAGAAUUUUUAGAAGCUUAGAAAGAUGACUUCAUAAGAUUAGAUAGAUUAUAUAUUUAGAGGAAAAAAUGAUAUAAAAAUAUAGAAUAAAUUUAUUAUAGUGGAUAAAUCAAUAGUGAACAACAAAUAAAAAUUGAGUUCGAAAGAAAUAGUGCCAGGAGAUUUGAUAGAAGUAAGAGAUGAUUGGAUAGUACCUUGUGAUUGCAUUUUAUUAAAUGGUUCUUGUAUAAUAAAUGAAUCAAUGUUGACUGGAGAAUCAAUACCAAUAAUAAAAAAUCCUAUUUAAUUGAAUAAGCUUAUAUAUUCUCCAAAUAAUGAUUGUAAGUCUAUAACAUUAUUUGCUGGAACAAAAUGUUUGGAAUCACGACAUCCAGAGAAAGGAUAAGUACCUGUAUUAGCAAUAGCAGUAUAGACAGGAUUUUAAACAAUGAAAGGAUAAUUAGUGAGAUCAAUUUUAUAUCCAAAACCAACUACAUUUUCAUUUUAUAGAGAUUCAUUAUCAUUUAUAUCAGUAAUGGCAAUGUUGUCUUUAGUAGGUUUUUCUUUGACAAUAAAAAGUUAAGUGGAUGAAUUAAAGGAAAAUAAUACAACAAUAUUUUAGAUGGUAAUAAAUUCUUUGGAUUUAAUCACAAUAACAGUACCUCCAGCAUUACCAACUUGUUUAUCAAUAGGAGUAUCAUUUGCAUUAGCAAGAUUAGGUAAGAAAUAGAUUUAUUGUAUAUCUCCUAAUAAAGUAAAUGUAGCAGGGAAAAUAACAAUUAUGUGUUUUGAUAAAACAGGAACUUUAACAGAAGAUGGUCUUGAUCUUUAUGGUGUGAGAACAAUUGGAUAUAAUCAUAGUAAAUAUCAUAUAUAUCUGAUUUAGAGAAAUCAAAGAUAUGUUUUUAAGAUUUAAUAAUUGAUGUUAAAGAAGAAUUAUAAAUUCCAAAUGUUAUUUAUUCAAUGAAUCUAGGAUAAAAUUUAUAUGGAUAAACAAAAUUAUAACCAUCUUAAUUAGUUUUAGAAAUUAUGGCUUCAUGUCAUGGAUUAGCUAAAGUAAAUGGUAAUUUAAUAGGAGAUCCUUUAGAAGUGAAAAUGUUUGAAGCUACAAAUUUUGAAUUAGAUGAUUUAAAUAAUGAAGUAUUUAAAGAAAAUGAUAGAAUUUAAAUAUUAAAAAGAUUUGAUUUUUCAUCAACUCUUUAAAGAAUGAGUGUAAUAGUAUCAAGAAAUGAUAAAUUGAGAGUUCAUGUAAAAGGAUCUCCUGAAAAAUUAAGAGAAUUAUGUAAUCCAGGAUCUGUACCAAGAAGUUUUCAUAAGAUACUUGAGCAUUAUUCAAAAAUGGGAUUUAGAGUAUUGGCAUGUGGAUCAAAAAUCAUUGAUAAUGAUAAUGAAUAUAAUAGAGAUUAAGCAGAAUGCAAUUUAACUUUUUUAGGUUUCUUAAUUAUGUAGAAUAAAUUAAAACCUAUAACUCGAAAUGUAAUUGAAACAUUAUAAGAUGCAAUGAUCAGAACAAUUAUGGUUACAGGUGAUAAUGUACUUACAGCAAUAUCUGUUGCUAGAUAAUGCAAUAUUGUAUAACCAAAUUAACGUAUAUUUUUAGGAGAUAUUGCAGAAUAAAAAUUAGAUGGUAAAAAUCAUAUCAUUUGGAAAGAUUUUGAUAUGAGUGAUAAAGUAUUAAAUUAAGAUAAUUUAUCUCCAGAAUUAGAAUUUAAUGAUGAUUCUGAUGAUGAAUUUGAAACACCUGAAUUAUUUGGUUAAUAGGAACAAUAAUAUGAAUAAUAGAUGGAAAUUAUUAUUGAAGAUAACGAUAAAAUAGUUAGUAUUUAAAAUAAUGAGAAUAAAAAAAUAUUGAAUUUGAAAAAAAGCAAAUAUGAAAAUUAUAAAUAAGAAGAAGAAUAAUUAAUAGCUGAAAACCUUGAUCAUUUAAUAGAUGAUUAAGAUCCAUGGAAAACAGAUUAACCUUUUGUUGUUGCUAUAUCUGGUAAGGCAUUUUAAUUACUCUUAAAAUAAAUUGACAUAAAUCCAAAAGCAAGAAGAUUAUUUGGUUUGAUGCUUGAAAAAACUUAAAUUUUUGCUAGAAUGAAACCUGAAUAAAAAGCUUAGCUCAUAAGUCAUUUAUAGAUAAUAAAUAAAAAAUCUUUAUGUGGUAUGUGUGGUGACGGAGCAAAUGAUUGUGGAGCAUUAAAAACAGCUGAUAUUGGAAUAUCAUUAUCUGAUGCAGAAGCAUCAAUAGCUGCUCCAUUUACAUCAAAAAUUUAAAAUAUUUCUUGCGUUAUAAAAUUGUUAAGAGAAGGAAGAGCAUCGUUAGUAACUAGUUUCUAAUGUUUUAAGUAUAUGGCUUUGUAUAGUAUGAUAUAAUUUUGUACUGUGACUUUGCUUUAUUUCACUCUUUCAAAUAUGUCAUCAAGGUAGUAUUUUUACAUUGAUUUAUUUAUCAUUAUACCUUUAGCAGGAACUAUGGGAUAAACUAAAGCAUAUAAAAAACUUACUCAAUUUCAACCAGGAUCAAAUUUAAUUUCCUUCCCAGUUUUAUUAUCAGUAAUUGGAUCAACUCUAAUAUAAAUCGGAUUUUAAACUUUUGUUUACUUUUUUAUGAAAAAUUAAUCUUGGUAUAGAUCUGGAGUUGAUAUUCAUAAAGAUAUUGGAGAUAUUGACGAUCAUCGUGCAAUGUAAACAUCAUAUGAAAAUACAAUUUUCUUCUUGUUUGCUAAUUUUUAGUAUGUAUUUUAAUGUGUUGCUUUUUCAAUUGGAAAACCAUUUAGAAGAGAAUUUUAUACUAAUUUUUAUUUCACAUUUUGGAUUAUUCUAGGAAUGAUCUUUAAUUCAUAUAUUUUGUUAUUCUAGAAAAGUGGAUUUUAAAAUUUAUUUGAAGUAUAUGAAUGAUAUUUAGUUUUAGUUUAUGUUUGAGUAUAAAUCUAAGAAUAAUAAAGAUUUAGAUUCUGCAAUAAAAUAAGAAUGGAUGUAUUAACUUUAUGGAAUAAUGAUUUUAAAUAUGAUAAUAACAAUAUUAUUUGAGAAAUACAUAGUACCAUUUACAACUAGAUUUUAUAGAAAUAAGAAGAGAAAGAUAUUGAAGAGAUAUAAAUAUUCUGAAAAUCCUUAUUUAAAUGAUGAAUUAAAUUAGAAAUGA